UUUGAGUCCCGAGGAGACGAGGGGUGACUCUGUAGCCCUGGUGCUUGGCUCUUGGAGAGGCGGCGGCGGCGGCUUUGGCAGCGGCUCCUAGCUCGGAGGCGCCCUCGGAGCCCCUCUAUGAGCUGGAGAGGAGCGGGGGAGGAGGGGCCCUCGGAGCAUCUCUUCCCUGGGGUUUAUGCAUGGCACUGACAUGGAGGAAACACCGUUUCGGAAAGUCAAAACGAAGAGGAGGAAGUGUCCACCCUGCGGCUGCGCCCCCCCGGGGGGCUCCCCGGUGCUUCUGGAGGCCAUCGCGUGCGAGGACGAGUUCGACUGCAAGGAGCUCGAGUCCCUUUUCCGGAAUUACAACCUGAAACUGGAACAGACCUCAACGCUCAAGGCGCUGGCCGUGCUCAUCGUCCUGACGGGUACCCUGGCCCUGGGGGAGCUCAUGUCCGGCCCCAACCUGACCAUCUCCAAGGGCUCGCACCCCGUGCAUUGCAUCAUCUUCCUCUCCCUCUUCAUCGUUACCAAUGUCAAGUACCUACAGGUCACCCAGCUUCAGCAGAUCGUCAAACUCAUACUGCUCUUCAGCUUCACCUUCGCCUUCCUCUGCUGCCCUUUUUCGCUGGGGGCCUACGGCAUCGAGCCUCCCACCUCCCCGGAGCAGGGAAUGUGGCAACUCAUGCUGGUCACCUUCGUUUCCUAUUCCCUGCUGCCUGUGCGGAGCCUGCUGGCCAUCAUCUUUGGGAUAGUGGUGUCCGUCUCCCACCUCAUCGUCACUGCCACUUCAGUGACUGCCAAAAGACACCGACUCUGGAGGACGCUUGGGGCAAAUGCUCUGCUUUUUGUCAGUGUAAAUUUGUAUGGGGUCUUUGUGAGGAUUUUGACAGAAAGGGCUCAGAGGAAGGCUUUCCUACAGGCCAGGAACUGCAUAGAGGACAGGCUGAGGCUGGAAGAUGAAAAUGAAAAACAGGAAAGGCUGCUGAUGAGUCUCUUGCCCAGAAAUGUUGCCAUGGAAAUGAAGGAAGAUUUUCUGAAGCCACCUGAGAGAAUUUUUCACAAGAUUUACAUUCAAAGGCAUGACAAUGUCAGCAUUUUGUUUGCAGAUAUUGUGGGCUUCACCAGUUUGGCAUCCCAGUGCACUGCUCAAGAGCUGGUGAAGCUCCUGAAUGAACUCUUUGGGAAGUUUGAUGAAUUGGCCACUGAAAACCACUGCAGACGAAUUAAAAUCCUGGGGGACUGCUACUAUUGCGUGUCAGGACUGACCCAGCCCAAAACCGACCAUGCCCAUUGCUGUGUCGAAAUGGGGCUGGACAUGAUUGACACUAUCACGUCUGUUGCAGAAGCCACUGAAGUGGACCUUAAUAUGAGAGUGGGACUACAUACUGGCCGUGUCCUGUGUGGGGUUCUAGGACUUCGAAAGUGGCAAUAUGAUGUCUGGUCAAAUGACGUGACUCUAGCAAAUGUAAUGGAGACUGGGGGAUUACCUGGGAAGGUUCACAUCACAAAGACGACCUUGGAGUGCCUAAACGGAGACUAUGAGGUAGAACCAGGUUUUGGACACGAGAGGAACAGUUUCUUGAAAAAACAUAAUAUCGAAACCUUUUUUAUUGUACCAUCCCAUCGGAGAAAGAUAUUUCCUGGACUUAUUCUCUCAGAUAUAAAACCAGCCAAAAGGAUGAAGUUCAAAACGGUCUGUUACUUGUUGGUCCAGCUAAUGCACUGUCGGAAGAUGUUUAAAGCCGAAAUCCCGUUCUCCAACGUCAUGACCUGUGAGGAUGAUGACAAGAGGAGAGCAUUAAGAACAGCCUCUGAAAAACUCAGGAAUCGAUCCUCUUUUUCUACAAACAUUGUAUACACCACUCCAGGAACUCGAGUCAACAGAUAUAUCAGCCGUUUGAUAGAAGCCCGGCAAACAGAGUCUGAGAUGGCAGACUUGAAUUUCUUUACCCUAAAGUAUAAACAUAAAGAACGGGAAGAAAAAUAUCACCAGCUUCAAGAUGAGUAUUUCACCAGUGCUGUGGUCCUUUCACUGGUUCUAGCUGCCUUAUUUGGCCUUGUCUACCUUCUAAUAAUCCCACAGAGUAUCAUCGUCCUGGUUCUCCUGGUGUUUUGCAUAUGCUUCCUAGUGGCUUGUAUUAUGUAUCUACACGUCACACGAGUUCAGUGUUUUCCAGGGUGCCUGACAAUUCAAAUUCGUACUGUUUUAUGUGUUUUCAUCGUACUUUUGCUUUACUCUGUGGCUCAAGGAUGCGUGGUGGGCUGCAUGCCUUGGUCAUGGAACACUAAUUCCAACAGAUCCUUAGUGAUUAUUUCUUCUGGAGGAAUGAAUAAGACAAGGAAUGUCCUGCCCUGUGACACAGCCCAUCACACAUUCCUUUCCUGCAUUGUGGGAACUUUGACGCUGGCCAUAUUUCUCCGUGUCUCUUCAUUGCCAAAAAUGAUCCUUCUCUUUUUGGUUACAGUCUUGUAUAUACUUGUUUUGGAGCUCAGUGGGUACAGAAAAGCAGUGGGGGGUGGCACCUUUUACCUCCGUGGAUAUGAACCCAUAUUGGCUAUUUUGCUGUUUUCCUGUGCUCUGGCUCUUCAUGCCAGGCAGGUGGAUUUGAAGUUACGUCUGGACUACCUCUGGGCUGUGCAGGCGGAAGAGGAGCGAGAUGACAUGGAGAGAGUGAAACUGGACAAUAAGCGGAUUCUCUUCAACCUUUUGCCAGCCCAUGUUGCACAACACUUUCUUAUGUCCAAUCCCAGGAAUAUGGACCUUUAUUACCAGUCCUAUUCGCAAGUGGGCGUGAUGUUUGCUUCCAUCCCAAAUUUCAACGAUUUCUACAUCGAACUGGAUGGCAAUAACAUGGGAGUGGAGUGUUUGCGCCUCUUAAAUGAAAUUAUUGCUGAUUUUGAUGAGCUCAUGGACAAAGAAUUUUAUAAGGACCUAGAAAAGAUCAAGACAAUUGGAAGUACGUAUAUGGCUGCAGUGGGAUUGGUGCCGACCACAGGGACUAAGGCCAAGAAGUCAAUUUAUUCACAUCUGAGCACACUAGCUGAUUUUGCAAUAGAGAUGUUCGAUGUCCUUGAUGAAAUCAACUACCAAUCUUACAACGACUUUGUCCUCCGAGUUGGCAUUAAUGUAGGUCCAGUAGUUGCAGGUGUUAUUGGUGCCAGGAGACCUCAAUAUGACAUCUGGGGAAACACUGUAAAUGUUGCCAGCCGAAUGGAUAGUACUGGAGUGCAGGGGAAAAUUCAGGUCACAGAAGAAGUCCAUCGGUUAUUAAAGCGGUGUAGCUAUGAAUUUACAUGUCGAGGUAAAGUCAGUGUCAAGGGAAAAGGUGAAAUGUUGACCUAUUUUCUGGAAGGAAAAGCAAAUGGAAAUAAUUCUCAAACCAGGUCCUUAAACUUAGAACGGAAAAUGUAUCCAUAUGGGAAAUCAAACAUUCAGACAAAACUGGGCACCAGCUGCCCUUCUGUCUCAUCUAGCUUUACAGUCAAAGCUGGGAUUGGAGCCCUGCAGACAGCAGGCACCCAUACCAAUCCAACGCUCCAUUACCUUCCUUCUGUGCCAGCUGUGAAAGAAGCCUAGAUGAGCGCCAUUGCAAGUGAACUCAGAAAGCAUGUAUGCUUGCCAACGGGGUUUAAGGUCAUAGGUUGUGGCGCCAGCCAUGGAUCCAAUCUAACACAACCAAAGAAAGCCAGGAAGCUCCACAGAAGAAAAUUUCGAAUGGAAGCGAUAAGGGCUAACAAUUGUGUUAGGACAAGAAUAACGCAGGUUUUCUGAAAAUAAGGAAAUUUUCUUGGAAUUUUUAAAAGGUAAAUGGUAUGCUUAAGGGAUGUGUGUAAAUGAUAAUGUAUGUGUGUAUAUAUCCUAA